AAAGCGGUGAGUGUGAGGUCAUCGUGUAGGGGGCGGGGCCUGGGCACCAGGCGGAAGUGUUAGCUCCUCAGACUGAAUAAAGUUCGUGGCUCAGUUUUGUUGUUUCCGGAGAAUUCUUUUGACGCUCUUCCUCCUCUUCCUCCUCUUCCUCCUCCGGACACCGGGACCUUCAUCUGUGUCACCGCGGACUCAACAUGAUCUCCCCCAGGUUCCUGCUGCUCCGCUCGGCCGCGUCCUUGACGACCAGGUCUCUCUGCACAGGGGGGGUGUUGAAGCAGGGCAGAGCGCCGGACAUGGCUGAGGGAAAUCCACUCUUACACGUGUCGAAUGUGCGGAACAGGCUGAGAGAGAUCGUAGGAGCUUCCACCAACUGGAGUGACCACCAGCACGCCAUGGCGGAGCGAGUGUCGCUGUCCUCCAUGUUGGCAAAGUCUCAGCAGGACCUUCCAGCAAAGACCAUGAAGGACAGCUACCUGGAGGUUCACCUGCCUCUGGGCUCCGAGCCACAGCUCCGAGAGAAGUACCUGACCUUCCACAACACUGUCAGGUUUGGUAGAAUCCUGGAGGACUUGGACAGUUUAGCAGUUCUCAUAUCUUACUCCCACACCUACAACCCGGUACUGAAGAGGUCUCCACUGUCUAUCGUCACAGCUCUGGUGGACAAAAUAGACAUGAGGCAGCACGUCAUCUAUCCUGACUGCGACAUCAAGUUCACUGGUCAUGUGACCUGGGUGGGGAAGACGUCUAUUGAAGCCAAGAUGCACAUGUCACAGUACCAUGAUGGAGCUUAUUCCCCAGUUCUGGACGCCACGUUUGUCAUGGUGGCUCGUGACCCAGAGAACAAGAGGGCAGCGUUUGUGAAUCCACUGAAGCCUGCGGGGACAGAGGAGGACAUGAUCAUCAAGGAAGGAGAAGCUAAUAAAUCCCGCCGCGUGGAGCUGAGCACGGCAUCGCUGCUGAAGGUUGCUCCCACAGAUGAGGAGAGGAAGAUCGUGCACAGUCUGUUCCUCAACACCCUGGACACAAAGACGGUCAGUUUCAGAGGCAGAGUUCUGCCUCCGAACUCCAUGUGGAUGGAAGACGCCAAACUCAAAGGACUGGAGAUCUGCCACCCUCAGGUGAGAGGAAGGAUCGGCUGGAAAAUAAAGACGGAGGAGAGGAACAUCUUCAACAGGAUAUUCGGAGGUUUUCUGAUGAGAAAAGCGUACGAGCUGGGCUGGGCCAACGCCUGCUCCUACGGAGGAUGUCGACCACGUCUGGUGGCUGUUGACGAUAUCCUGUUCCAGAAACCUGUGGAGAUCGGCUCUUUGCUGCUGCUCUCAUCACAGGUGUGUUACACACAGGGGAAGUACAUCCAGGUCAGAGUUCACAGCGAGGUGUUCGACCCACUCACCCGCCAGCACAACACCACCAACGUCUUCCACUUCACCUUUGUUUCAGACCGUGACGUCCCCAGCAUCAUCCCCAAGACAUACGGAGAGUCGAUGUUGUACCUGGACGGAAAGAGACACUUUAACCAAACAGUGGAGGACUGAGAGAUCACGCUCAGAACGUCCUGCCAAAGCCUUUCAGCGUCUGACACAGUGUGUGUACGAGUGUGUAAGAGUGUGUGUGUGUGUGUGUAUGCAGAUAGUUCAGUGUACUUCAGUCAUACUUAUAUUACGCCCUGCUCAUUUAUUUUUCACAACCCACACGGUCACUGCAUCUGAUUCCUUUUACAUUCUUUGCCCUGGUGGUUUUACAGUUCUGGUUGUUUGAAGCACAGCAGCUUUUUUGAAAUGAUUUUUUUUACUCUUUGUGUCACAGUUUCACGACCAGUGAGAGUUUACAGUUCCUCAGCAGGAGAACUCGAGGCAGACGUUGAGCUUCCUGACAUUGUUGUAACCUCAUAUAUUCACUAUGUGCAUGGCUUUAUUACAAUAUGUUAUUUUAUCUUCCACUGUAUAACUCUAUAAAACUCCCUUACUCUGCUUUUUUUAUAUGGAAUGAGGAGCUUGAUCCUGAAUGUGAUGUGUCAGAUUGCUGCGAGAGGAAUGUUGUCAUCAUAUUCUUUGCCUUACGUUACACAAAUACAAUAAAUACAUUUUUAUUUAUCUUGA